GUGUACUAUACUAUCACAUUAGUAUAGCUUCUCAUACUCUACUAAACAUAUUGUUGCGUUUAGUAUGGCUGCCCAUACUCUACUCAGGCCAUAGUACAGCCCGCCAUACUCAACUCAGAGUACGUACUACUCAACGUCAGAGUACGUACUACCUUCCACCAAAGGGUGUGUUGGUGACGUCACUAUUCAGCAGAAAGUAGACAGUCUCGCCGCACAGAGUGGUGGUGGGCUCCAGGCUCCGAUACUCGCGCGCUCGCGUACUCAGAUACUGGGGUACUGAGGUAGUGGCCCGCAUGGGAGAGAGUGGCAGCUGAGCAUGAGUGACGCGAGCGGUGGUUCGGCCGCAUCUGCUCCCGAUGCGGGUGGUUCUCCCGGUACGAGUACCCUCGCACCGGGUUCUUCAACACAAGACGCGCAACAAGACAACGAGGUGGUCGUCGUGCCGGGCUCAACGAGUGGAGGAGCGCCACAGCAGUCAGUGAACGUCAAGCGUCCCCCACCGGUCUUCCGCGCUAGCGGAGGGGAGUACGACGUUCCGGAGGCUACGAAGAACGCUGUCGCGUCAUUCGUUGUGCCGGCCGGUUUCCAGCAGGAAGGCGCCCGCGAGGACUCCUUCAUGUACAGCCUUUGUACGGAGUAG